ACCUUAGGCAGGGUGAAGCGUGAAAUAUGAACCAUUUUGUCCUUCAGUUUUGCACCAAGAUGAGCUCAUUAAUGUGGUUUUCGAUUUUUGUGACUUUGAUCACCUCUCGAACGCUGUCUGCAAAUGAGUUCUCAACGCUGGAUAUGAAGGUCACUUCUUGUAAUAUCACGGGCGUUUGGCGCAAUGAGCUUGGCUCAACGCUCCACAUGAAAGCAGAAGGGUCAGAGGUCAGAGGUGUGUAUCAGACCGCAGUGGAGAGCACGAGCGGCGCCGCCGGUUUACACCGCACUGCACGGAUCAUCGGGAUAGUUGGUAACGGGACUCAACCUGCCGUUUCAUUUUCAGUGUUGUGGGAGAAAGGUUCCUGUUCUGCUUGGCUUGGUCAGUGUUUUAUUUUACAUGACGGUGAACAAGUGCUGAAAACGUUCUGGAUGUUGCGCAGUGUAGCCGACGACCUGGCAGGUGACUGGGGAAGUACCAGGUUGGGAGAGGAUGUUUUCUUUAAGACUUGAAUUUCAAAUGAACUCCGUAAUAGAUUCAAUGUCAUUUAAUUUCCUUAAAGAUGUUGAUUGUUCAAGGAGCUUGAACUUGUAGUAUUUAAACCUACUGAGACAUGUAAAAGCAUUUUAUAAAGUUGAAUAAAAGCGAACAAAAAUGAAACCA